AUGGAAACGCAAGACAUAACUGCGGUACUGCCCAGUGGGAAACAGCAGACUGUCACGCUAGCAGUAUCAGCCAAGGUUCAGGAACUCAAAGAGAUUUUGCAGCGAUGCUUCGAUCAACAGUUCUUGGUCAUCCUGGACGCGCGAGGUGCGGUGUUGCGGGUCGAUGGUAUGAUUCCUUCGGCUGCAAGCGCACACUGCGUUACAUGUGUCGCGCGUUUCCCUUGUCUCGCUUCAACCUGGAAAGCCUUUGCUCUGUGGUGUCACAAUGACCGUGUAGUGACAUGGGGGCAUCCUGCCUACGGCUCCGACAGCUCUGGUGUGUGCAAGCGCCUGCGCAAAGUGGUGCAGAUCGUUGCCAGCGGCCGCGCUUUUGCCGCGGUGACAUCAUACGGAUCUGUUGUUACCUGGGGCUUGCCGAAGAUGGUUGCUGACAAUGCAAUGGUACGGCAGCAGCUCUAUGAUGUGAGAAGCGUGACUGCAGCUGCCCAGGGCGAGACACAGGAUGGUGACGUGCACCCGCAUCCAGGGCCAUCAGGUCAAGCGGUCAUGCUCCAGCUCGACCACGCCAUCCUCAUAGGUUCAGAGUUUCAAGUUGAAGCAGCGAAUGCUCGUACCUUUCGCAUCGCCCAGCAAGCGACUUUCAAAGAACUCCGGCUGCGCAAGCUUUUGGGCCGUAUUGCUGAAGCCCAAAACCAGCAAAGCCGUGGCCGCCAGCCACCGGCCAUCCUGAUCCGUCGUAUCUUCUCUCAUCCUUUUGUUGUCAGAGAAGGCUUGCAAAGCUUAGGUGAAGCCAGGGAAUGGGCACAGCAAGAAUUGCGUAGCCAUGUCCAAAGCACUCAAACAGAGCAGCUCCAAGCUUGGCGCGAGCGUAUGAGGAACUCUUCAGCCAAGCCUCUAGGCUGCGUGGCACAGCCGCCGGAUGCGAUGGGUGGUCAGGUUCCCACGGUUUGGAAAAGUAUUCGGCAAAUUUUGCUCCAAAAGCCAAACGCUAAGUUGCGUGACACGGAUCACGCGUUGCCAGCCAAAGAUUUGCGGCCAAUUGCGAUUCAGAGCGUCAUCUGGCGCGCCAUUGCCUCUGCGUGGACGCGCAGACCGCAGACGCGAGCUUGGGUCACGAGCUGGGUCCACUCCUCAGCCUGUGGCGGCAUCCAGGGGAAAAGUGUCGACACUUCGAUCCCUCAGGGAGACGCCAUCAGCCCUUUGACUCUUCUUGCAGUCCUCACUGGCCUCACAGGUACAUGGCUCGGCACGGUCCGUAGCUGGCUCCAAAGUUUGAAUUGGCACGAAGAGGCCGCAUGGACAUGGAUUCACCCGGACAUUCAAUUCCGGCUUGAUUGGACACAACCCAUUGAUGAAAACACCAAACAGAGAGAACACCAUGCUUUGCGUGAAGCGUGGCGCAGACAACAGUUUCAACAGUUCUUGUCAAGUGGCCGUCGUGAUGCCACUGCUGUACAAGGAAGUGUUUAUCAAGAGGCCCGGGCCAAACUCACGCGCCAAACAUACCAGUCUUCCAACACUCACUCACGUGCUUGCUUGAUUGGUGCCGUUGUUUCAGAUGCCCGUUUAGAUAGGAUUCGAGACCCCAACACCGCACCAGCUCCUUGCAAGUGGUGUGCGUCUGGCAAUGUGCCAACAUGGGAUCACUUGGCCUGGGACUGCCCAGCCUUUGCUGCGACCCGAACGUCGCCCCCGCAUGAUCUUUUGCAGAGAGUGCUAGACAUGGCCGGAUGCGCCAGAGGAAGCUUCUUUGUCCAAAAGUUGCGUGGUUGGGAUGGUGUGCCUAGGGAAGGUGAUUCACAAAAGCCGAAGUUGGCAAAAGCACCAGCAUCAGAAGCCUUGCAGGCCAGCACAAGCCCGCAGAGGGGACCUGACCGUUGCAGUCUUGCCCAACGGCUGGCAGCAGGAAGGACGUUGGAGCUGCUGACAACACUGAUGGUAGUGCAUUUCCUGAAGAUCUGUGCUGCCAAAGUCACACAGUUGCAGCCCAGAGGAGGUCUCUUUGCUUUCCGGGACGAUCAGCCGGUGUUCAUUCUGAGUGUAUGGACAAGCAGAAAAAUUACUUUGGCUGAUGUGGUUCCAUUGAAGCAGGCAACUUUUCAAGGACGAACCGUCCUCAAAGCCAAAUACACAGAGACCCGCACAUGCAGAUGGAGUGAGCUCAAAGAUGUUGGCUUACAUUUCCAGGUUGCCAACUGUGCGAAUGAUCGCCGUGGAGCGAGCUUGCUGUUCCAGAAGCAACCGGGGGAAACACAAGGAGAUCAAGGCAGAGCUUUGCGCGAGAAUGCAGCUUUGGCAGCUCUCUGGCAGGCUGGCAAUGCAGAGCUAGGUUUGGCCACUUCAUGCACAGUUGAUCACUCGGUGCGAUCCGUUCUGCCACGUUUGCAGGCGCACCUGGCCGAACGAGCUGCUUCAGGUAUUACCCAUCACGCGGCCCCACGCGCAGAUGAGAGCCGUUCCUUUUGGAUUCUGGACCUGCCAUUGCCAGUGCAAGUGGAUGGUCGCCGCCAUCGCUGCCAUACGUGCGCGCACUUGCGCAUCUUCGACAACUGCACCGUGGAGACACAUGAUGUUGUUGCAGCCUAUCCUGACCUGCGGGCUUUGGUGGAGCAAAUCUGUGGCAAUGCUCUUUCCCUCAAUGUAGCUGGGCGCAUGAAAGAAUUUUGCAGUGCAGUGCCCAAAUCUGUAUCCAUCCGCUCCAUUCUCAUGGCAGCAUUGGAAGAUUACACCAAGGCAGCUUCACGCGAGAUGCAGCGGCUCAUCAAUGUGUACAGUGGUUCAGCGAUCAGAGGAGAUGGAAACCAGGAUGUAGCAAAAAGGAUUACAAUGUAUGAUGAAGCAAGUCAGAAAACACACCCAUAUACGGUGCUCCUAGCUUGGGUCACGGUAGACGGGGCCUUGUUUCAGCCUGUAACAGCAGCUGAAACAGAAGACUGGGUCGACUUGCAACCUGAUCUGGAUGCUGUGGUAACCAACCUGAAACAGGACAGGCUGGCAUCAGGCCUGUCCUUAGCUGAGGCAGCCCCAGUAGCUCACGCCACGGACAGUUUCAGAAAGCAGCGAUUGCUGCUUGAUGCAUUUUACAAAAACAAGUACCCCAAGGAGCAAGAGGUGGAGGUAAGUGCAGCGAGUCCAGAUGCCCCAUGCCUCAUUGCUGAUCACAAAGACAUCCUGCAGCGGUUGUCCUUGAAACCAAGGGUGGCAGAAGAUGUUCCACCUGUGCUCUCUGAGCCAGGUCUUUUCCUUGAGCUUGAAGAGGAGGGUGUGACCUUAGCUGCAGCCUUUGGCUUCACAGAGAAUGUAUGCUUUGAAUGUGCUGACACCUGGUUGCAGCUGGAUGCUCUGGAAUUUGACCCUCCAAGGCGGUCUGGAGAUGGCAGCGGCCGGGCAGAUGUGCAGCGGAUUCGCUUGCUCUACAAGCCUGAUUUACACGGAGAUGAUGGGCUCGUUAUAGUUUCCUCUGACGAGGAGGAUGUCAUCUCCCCGCAGCAUGCUCCACCAGACGUGCAUUAG